CUGUCCUUCGUGGCAUCCUGAGACAAUGCCUCAGUCCGUUACCCUUGCCUGAAGACCAUGCAUGGUGAACAUGCAUUAGGAAGGAGGUUUUGGCUUUAGAGAACAGAAGAAGCAACAUAUCUACUAAUGGGAAAGUAUACCAAAGGAGUGGCUAUUUCUGCUUUGAUGUGCUUAUCUCAGGUUCCUCAAGUGCAAAUGCAGGAAAGCUGUACAAAUGCUGACCAUUGUGCAAAUGUAAACUGGGUCCAUCUCUGGUAUAUCUGGCUUGUAGUUGCAGUUGGUGGACUCCUCCUCUUCUGUGGCCUAGUCUGCCUUUGUGUGAAGUGUUGCUGUCUUAACUGCCAACCUGCAAGAGAAGACACCAGCCCCCCACCCUAUGAGGUCACAGUCAUUGCAUUUGAUCAUGACAGCAGCACCAUUCAAAGCACCAUCACAUCCCUCCAUUCGGUGUUUGGCCCAGCUGCUAAGAGAAUACUAGCCGUGGCUCAUGCCCACAGUGCUGUGCAAGCAGUGCCUCCCUCUGCUGGAACAGAAACACCUCCCGUUUAUGAAGAGGCUAUCCAGAUGAGUAGGUUCACUGUGGCUAAAAGCAGAGAAAGUGCACCUGAGCUGCAGCCAGUGUCAGAGGAGAAGCAGAUGGUUGAUGAGAAAGGAAAUGGAACAUAUACUGUCUCACAUCCAUGAAGCCAAGGCUCCAUCAAGAAGAACUGCAAAGGGUUAUAACUUGAGGGCAGGGUGACUAGAUGUCAUAACUGCAAAAGAGUACAAAGCAACACAAAAUGUAGGACAUUUAAGUAAAAAUGGAGGACUUUAUAAAAUAAAAGCUAAAAACACACAUAUAAAUCCAUGCUUCUUGGCCAUGCUCAAAAUGGAGGACAUUUUGGAAUUCCUCCUGGACAGAAGUCUGAACUGUAGGAUGUGCCUUGGAAAAAGAGGAUGCCUGGUCACCGGGUCUGAAAGAGACAUCGUGGAAUGUACAAUGGCAACCUUUGGGAUGAAUCUUUUUUAGAUUGUUCACAUCCAA